CUGGUACCCUUUAACAUUUCUCUAUAUUUUAUGAUCAUAUAUAUCACUCUCACUUCAAUAUUAUUUAACGUACCUUUCCAACUCAAAAGUAGAUAUCAUCAACACAUUAUAAUCCAACUAACUAGCCACCAUAAUAUUUGGUACUUCCCACAACUAAAUAAUAAUAACAAUAAUCAUUAUAACCACCUCAUGAUUUAAUUAAUCUCCCUUCAAACCAUAUUAACUUAUAUAAAACCCCAAUAUUCCUCCCAUUCACCGUAUCAUCAACUCACAAAAUCUCUCAACAUAAUAAUAAUAAAAAAUAAUAAUAAUAAUAACUAAAUAAUUAAACCCUAGCUAUAUACAAAGAUGAAGCAAACUCUCAUCUCUUUUUCAUUCCUACUUCUUAUCUUAUCUCACACCACAAUGAGUUUAACUCAUCAAGCUCCAGCCAAAGCCCCAUCUGCCCACAUAGCCGCUACUAAAGGCGCCACCCCAGCCGUGGCGCCUACAAAACCUAAAGUAGCAACACCAACACCCACAGCAACCCCAGCUCGAGCACCGACCUCAUCAGAAGCACAAGCUCCCUCAGCAGAGCCACUAGUUGAAGCUCCACCGCGAAAAGCCAAACCCGAGCCAACCGAUGUGGUUAAGAUUCUUGACAAAGCCGGAACCUUUAGUGUCUUCAUCCGCAUACUCAAAAGCACCCAAGUAAUUGAACAGAUCGAAAACCAACUCAACACUUCCAACAGCAUGACAAUUCUAGCCCCAACUAACGACGCUUUCUCCGCUUUAAAACCCGGAACACUCAACUUCUUAAAUGCAGAACAAAAGGUACAAUUAGUACAAUACCACAUCUUACCUUCUUUCAUUUCCAUCUCGACUUUCCAGACUCUCAGUAACCCUGUCCGUACACAAGCUAGUAACACUGACGAGUACCCUUUAAACAUCACAACACAAGGUAAUUGGGUUAACAUAUCAACUGGUGUUGUCAAUACAACUAUUUCUGGCACAAUCUAUGCCGAUAGCCAACUCGCUAUUUAUAAAAUCGACAAGGUUUUGCUUCCCAUGGCCAUUUUCGCUCCCACUAAGCUUCAUAAGGCCCUCGCACCUGCGCCUGCAUUGCUUGCUAAGCCUACAAAAGGCUUAGCAGGUAGCGGUAAAGGGUCAGAUUCGUCAUCUGACCUCUCAUCAUCUACUUCAACAUUGGAUGAUAACCCAGUUUCUUCAAUGCAUGCCUCUGGUGCUUUUCGUAAUGGCAUGGUCGCAACAAUUGGUGUUAUUAAUGUUUUUGGUGCAAUUGCACUUUUAUUUUGAGAUAGUUAAUUAUUGUUGUAAUUUUUACAAGUUCGUUUUGUUAUAUUUUGUGGUGAAUUAUUAUUAUGAGUGAUCAUACGUACCAUGUUGUAGGAUUAAUAGUUUGAUGAUUAUGAUUAAUUGAGUGGUUUUUGAAUAAUGUAUAUGUUUGUGUACAUGAUCAUAUAUUAUUAUUAGCAGUAGAUAUGGGAUUUGUG